UACUACGCGUCAGCCAAUAGUAGGAUGGGACGUGUUACGGGCAGUGACAUCCAGCCAAUCACUGUGUGCGGCGUGGAAACGGCCAGCUCUGGCUGGCCAAUGGAGAGUGAGCGGGGGCGGGAGGAGAUUGGUAGGAGAAGCGGGGCUGGAGUUGCCGGUAAGCGCAGUGUGAGGACAGAACGGUGGCUGAUCCGCUAUGAGGACUCUGUGCGCUCUGGCUGUAACCGGCAUCCUGCUCGUCCUGCCCGCCCCGGGCCAAGCACUAAAAGCAGGAGAAUGCGAGGUGUGUGUAUCGUUUCUCGGCCGCUUCUAUCAGUCAAUUAAAGAGAAGAAUGUGGAGUUCACACCAGCCGUGGUGGAGAAGGAGCUGCAGAAGUCAUGCGAUGCUGCCAAAGGGAAAGAGAAUAGAUUUUGCUAUUACAUUGGAGCCACCAGUGAUGCGGCCACAAAGAUAACCAAUGAGGUUUCCAAGCCAUUAAGCCACCACAUCCCUGUCGAGAAGAUCUGCGAGAAACUUAAGAAGAAGGACGGUCAGAUCUGUGAGCUGAAGUACGACAAACAGAUUGACCUAAGCACAGUGGAUCUGAAGAAGCUUAGAGUAAAGGAACUGAAGAAAAUUCUGGACGACUGGGGUGAGACCUGCAAGGGCUGCGCAGAGAAAUCUGACUACAUCCGCAAGAUUAAUGAGCUGAUGCCCAAGUAUGCCCCCAAUGCAGCAAACGCACGGACGGACCUCUGACCCCAAGGACUCCCCUCACGGACUCCUACCCUGACCCCUGUGCCAGUGCUCAGACUGAAUCCUAGUUUAAUUUACUUUUUUUAAAAUAUAGAUUUCUUUUCUGUUAUUUUGGAGGAUCCCUGGGUACCUGAGGACAGUGAAGGAUGCAGUUUACUGUAUAUUAUUCCUCUCUGAGUGGUAUUUUUUCUAUGAAAAUAAAAGAAUCCACUCUGUUUGCUACUGAGUGUAUCAUGCCCCCAGGCCCGUGGAGAGCAGCAGCAAUGUUGCACUGUUCCUGCUUGUUUCUUCCCUGUACCUGAUCACACAACAGCUUGGACAGGCCUGUCUACCUGCCGACUGUUUUCACUGUGUAGCUUUAUCCAACAAUUACCGGCUGGACGUUAUCAUCAGUAUUUCAUCGCACAGCAGUGACGGAGAUGAAGUGGUAUAUGGGGAAAAGGCUCUGCAUAUCUAUCAUGGGGGAUCCUGUGUGUUAUUGGAAGAUUCAUCUCCACCGUGUUACUGAAGCCUGCACAGCAAUAUUCUUAUAGAAGCAAAAAUAAAACUGUAUUUAUGAAAUUCCCAGGACUGCUGAUCAAUGGUAUCAGCUAAACAGUGGUAGAAACACAGCACUUUGCCACAUCCGUUCAUUAUACAAUGUGAUGAGAGCGCAGCAGAGCAAACCCUGACACUAAGUGCGGUUUAACUAAAUGUUGUACUUUACAUAUCAUAUACUGAUGUCAUACACUCCAGUCACACCCAGAGCUACUUCACAAUUUUGUUAGUGCCAGGAUUCCAUCAGGCACAUAUGUAACAAGUGAGCAGAGAUCCCAUAAAGCACUGUCCUCAUCAGACCAUUGGCUUAGUGAUUUUUCACACACAGAACCAGCAGGUGGCAGCAGCGAGGUGUUAGGUCCUGCAGGAUGAGAGCAGCAAAUAUUAAAUUCAUCUCUGAAUGUUACUAAGCAAAGCAUUUCUUCAGUUACCAAGGAUGUAUGAGGAUUCAUUGUAAGCUCUCUUAUGCUGACUAUUUAUUGUAAGCCACAGUUUAUUUUAUAUCACAGUCUGUGUGAAGUUAACAAUAAAUUUCACAGUAUCUGCCUAUGCUGUUGUACAUUU